AUGAGUGUCUGGCCAGAAGUAGCGACUGCAAAAUCCGAAAACAGACAUGAAAUCAAAUUGGCGGGUGCUGCUAUAUCUAAACGCAUUUCGGAGGAAGGUUUAGACAAGACAGUCUUUAAAUUAACAAAUAUUAAUCUACUAAACAUUAGCGAUACAUGUCUUCAAUCUAUUCCCGAUGACAUCAAAUCACUCGUUAACCUCCAAUCGCUAUUGUUAUACGGGAAUAAGUUAACAGAAUUUAACGAAAACAUAACCUCUUUGAAGAAACUUAAGGUGCUCGAUUUAUCUAGAAAUCAAAUAACAAGCAUUCCUGAUAGUUUGAACAACAUGAAAGAGCUAUCCAGCAUAAAUUUUAGUUCAAAUCAAAUCGAACACAUGCCAGCUUUUGGUGAUUUUCCUAACUUAAUCUCGAUAGAUCUAUCCAAUAAUAAAUUAACGGAAUUUUUGAAUACCGAACAGGCAAACCUGCCUCAUUUAACGGAUUUAAAGAUUAAGGGAAACGAAAUAGAAACACUUCCAGGUUAUAUAGCAAGCACCAUGCCUUCAUUAAAAAAUUUCGACAUUGGAGAAAAUAAAUUGAAGACACUCCCUGGAGAAAUAGCUGGAAUGGCAAAGUUAAAAGAAUUAAAUCUAAAAGGUAACAAGCUUUCUGAAAAGCGUCUUAUGAAGUUAGUAGACCAGUGUCGCACAAAACAAAUUCUCGACUACAUAAGAGAGCAUUGUCCUACAUCAGACAAUAGCCAAGCAUCAAGCAAAGGCAAAGGGAAGAAAGCCAAGAAACAAGAUGAAAUCCUACCAGACAAUGCAUCUGAACUCAGUCACACUAUGAAAAUUAUGCACUUAGAUGAUGACACCUUGAAAAUAAAAAUUAUCGAACAAGAAGUAUGGAACAUUAGACCCUAUAUACUGAGCUGUAUAGUGUAUGGUUUGAACUUUGAUGAGGCGCUCUUCAAGAAAUUCCUGCAGAUGCAAAAUAAAUUACAUGACACUGUGUGUGAUAAACGGAAUGUAGCAACGCUGGCUACGCAUGACAUGAGUAAAAUACCACCAGGUGACCUUGUAUACACAGCUAAAACACCAUCGGAAUUAAAACUGAUCCCUUUGAAUCGAACAAAACAUUUUACGGGUGAGCAGUUGUUCCAGCAGUUGACAAACGAAGCAGAUGCACUAAGGAAGGAAAAGAAAAGAAAUGUUUAUUCAGGAAUACAUAAAUACCUGUACUUACUUGAAGGCAAACCCAAAUAUCCAUGCUUAGAAGAUUCAACAAAGAGAGUGAUCAGCUUUGCACCGAUCACCAACUCUGAGGAAACUAAAAUGACAGUCGACAGCAAAUCAAUGUUAGUCGAAGUGACAUCACAUUCAUCGCUCGGUGCUUGCAAGACUGUCAUGGAUAAACUCCUGCAAGAGUGUCUGAUGCUCGGCAUUGGUGAAGGAGACGGUGACUUCCAUACAUUGACUGUGCAACAGGUCAAGAUUGUGGACCCUGAGGGUAACUUGAAGAGCAUCUACCCAUCAAGAACAGAUUGUGUUUAUGAUAGCACCAUCAAAGUUUACAGGAUUCCUAAGAAAUAA